AUGCACUCAGCAUUUAAAUGCCAACGGUUCCUGAAAUUGAAGGUUGCGGAACGGUACGAGAAGGAGAAGCGUUGCGGUUUAUGUUUAAAUUGUUUGUCUCCAUCGCAUUUGGUUCGGUUCUGCACAAAGGAUUUCUGUAACCACUGCAAGCAGAGACAUCAUACGCUUCUACACAAUGGACCAACGAACGGUGGAGCAAUGACAACAUCAUCGUCGCAGAACAAUUCAAACGUCUAUAGCGCGCAGAGCAGACCGCCAACCGCGAACACUUCACACAUGCAGACACAGCACCAGACCACAUCCACACCCUUCACGAAUUCACUCCCAAUCGCACACACAAACAUGCAAUGUACCAACCACCCACCACAUAUUGCAAAGCGUACACCCGUAGAUUACAGCAAUGCUUUAUCUGUAAAUAUUCACACGCCAUCUCGUCAAGUUUUAUUAUCAACCGCUGUAUUGCGUGUUUUCGAUUCUUAUGGCAAUGUUCAAUUUGCUCGAGCAUUGUUGGACUCUUGUUCGGAGUACUGUUUCAUAACCACGAACCUAUACCAAAAACUUAAGCUGGCAGAGGCAGCCAGUUACUUAUCCGUUGCCGGAAUAGGAGGUUCAGUGGUCAAAUCGACAAAAGUAGUAGAAGCUGUAAUUGCGCCAAGAUCGGCGAGCAUUUCUACGUACAACGAAACUGUUCGCCUGCAUGUACUGUCGAAACUUAAUUCUGUACUCCCGAUACAACCUGUCAACAUACAGCAGUUGGCCAUUCCAAAUGAUAUUACGCUCGCGGAUCAUUGCUUCAAUAAACCUGGUCCAAUCGACAUGAUCAUCGGUGCAGAACUUUAUUACGAUUUGGUAGUCGACGGAAGGAUGAAGUUGUCGGAAGAUGGACCCACACUGCAGCGAACCGUGUUUGGCUGGGUAGUUUCUGGACGAGUUCCUGGUAGGCUAGUUAGCAGUGCUAAGACCCAUUCUCAUUCGUGCGCUACGGCCGACAUUCGCGACAUGUUAGCACGAUUCUGGGAAUUUGAGUCCCGUCACAGCAAAAGCACGUACUCUCCGGAGGAAUCGGCGUGCGAAGAUUUGUUUGCCCGAACAACAACACGGGAUGAAGAUGGGAAAUAUGUGGUGACCCUUCCAAAAAAGGACUAUCUCCUGAAGCAGCUUGGAGAAUCCAAAUCAAUAGCACUGAAGCGUUUCCUAGGGCUAGAGAAACGAUUCAAGUUGAAGCCAGAAUGA